CUCUCUCUUACCCUUCAACAUUUUUUCCCUCUCGCUGGAAAUCUCCUCUGUCCACCACCACCCCACAAACCCUUCAUUCGCUGCACCGAUCAUGACUCUGUCACCUUCACCAUCAUUGAGUCCCAAGCUGAUUUCCAACUUCUCUCAUCCAACCACCCCAAAAGUCUCAAAGACUUGGAUCACUUGGUUCCUACGUUGACAUUCACAAACGUGCAUGAUGAUGACACGUUCACUUUCCCUUUAGUGGCAUUGCAAGUCACAGUUUUCCCCAACCAUGGCCUUUGCAUCGCCAUCACAUAUUGUCAUGUGAUGGAUGGUAAGUGUUGCAGUCAUUUCAUGAAGUGUUGGUCUUCCAUUUGUCGAAGCGGUGGCGUUGACUUGACACUUGUGGAGAAGUCUCCACCGUGCUUUGCUAGGGGAGUGUUGAAGGACCCCAAUGGACUCGAGGCCAUUUUCUUAAGAGACUAUUUUGAAGAGAGGUCAACUUGGAAGGAAAAACUCAUUGGUCAAACUUAUAAAAGUUCCGGUGGUGAUGCUGAUGAGGACUUUGUUAAGGCAACGAUUGUUUUUAGAAGAGAUGACAUCGAGAGGCUGAAAAGAUGGGUGUUGGACCAGUGGAAGGAAAGUGAGGAAUUCAACGUGCCACAAUAUGUAUCAAAAUUUGUGGUGACGUGUGCUUUUGUGUGGGCUUGUUCGGUUAGAACAAGAUGCAGAAAUGAUGAAGAAGAAAAGGAGAAAGAGGAGUAUUUUCGUUUUGCUGCAGAUUGCAGAGAUCGCCUUGAGUAUCCUGUGCCAAAAACAUAUUUUGGAAACUGCUUAACGUUAUGUUAUGCAAUGCUAAAGAGAAAGGAUCUCAAGGGAGAGAGUGGUUUUGUGAAUGCGGUCAAGGCCAUUGAAAAGGCAUUGACUGAUAUGAGAAGUGAACCCUUUAAAGAUGCAGAAAACUGGAGGGCGUCGUUUAAGAAGAUGUUUGUGUUGUCGCUGGAAAUCUCCUCUGUCCACCACCACCCCACAAACCCUUCAUUCGCUGCACCGAUCAUGACUCUGUCACCUUCACCAUCAUUGAGUCCCAAGCUGAUUUCCAACUUCUCUCAUCCAACCACCCCAAAAGUCUCAAAGACUUGGAUCACUUGGUUCCUACGUUGA